CUCCUCCCCUCUUCCUGAUGACUCUUGUAACCCAGGGUUUUUUCACCUGAAUGCCCUCUUUGUGUUCAGAGCCCUUAAAUAGCAGGAGGGACCCUCAGCUUCUGCAGUCCCACUCUCACUCCCUCUCUCACACUUAAGCAUCUGGCAUAACCAUGUGGACUCGGGCUAGCGCACUGCUGCUCCUCGCCUGCUGCCUCUGGGCAGUGGAGGGUCAGAACGAGAACGGCAAUGGCAACACGAGGGCAGGCAAUGGUGGUGGUGCUGCCACCGCUGCUGCUGCAGAGAACAGGAAGAGUGUCUGGGAGGACCCCAUCCAGUUCAACAACAAGGCAAAGGACUUGUGCACCAUGAGUGUCACCGGCCAGGGAGAUGUCACCAGGCUGAGGAUAUCGUGCCAGGGUGCCGAGAGAACCUACUGGUGCGAGUACACGGGCAAGCCCCAGAUGUGCCGUGCCUACAACAACAACCCUCGCCACUAUUUCACCCAGAUCAUGUGGGACCUAAGGAAACUCCAGAACGCCUGCCAGGCACCCAAGGCUAUCAAGCCUCAGAUGUGCAAGAGGGCACCGGAAGACGCCCAGAUGUUGUUCUCCGCUUCCUCCACGCCAGAGGCAGCAUCAGCAGCCACCCCCCAAAAGCCGGAGAAAGCCCAGGAGCCAACCCAGGUGAAACCAGAGACCCCCAAGGCACCGAUCGUCAAGCAGGCUAAGCUAGCCGCAACCAAGCCUGAGGCUAAACCAACAAAACCAGAGCUGGCAAGACCAGAGCAGGCACCUACAAAGCCAGUGCAAUCCAGACCUGUGCAGGCAAAACCAGAGCAGGCAAAACCAGCAGCUGCAAAACCAGCAGGAUCAAAACCAGCAGGAGCAAAACCAGUCAAGCCAGCAGUGAACAAGACACUGAAAAAGCUUCUGACACCCAAACCAACCACUCCAAAACCAACCAAACCCACUGUCAAGAGCAAUGCCAAAAAGAUUGCACAAGAGUAUUGUUGGCGGUCACUCCAAGGCAUCUGUUCCUAUGUCAUUGGUUGGUUUCAGAACUAAUAAUGAAGGUGAGUUGAAAAAAGUUGGCUGUUGAUAUUUUCUGAAUUGUAGUUAAAGCAUUGUAUAAUAUAUCAUGAUCAUUUGAUAAGCAUUUAUAUGACAAAGCAUGUCUGUCGAUCAAAUGUCUCUUAAAUGAAUUUAAAUUAAGUUCUAUAAAAAUGUGACCAGUAUGAUUUCAUGUUUAGGUCAAAGUCUAGUUAGCAUUUUACUGAGUAGAAAAUGUAAACCUAUUCACUAUACUAACGUUUUGCUUUCUGUUUCCCAGAUUUAGAUUCCUUGUGAAGAUGACUUCAAAGGUCUGACUAAAGAGGUGCUCAGAGUGGUUUUCCAGAAGAGGACUUUGUUAAUAAAUGUUGGAAGAGAGCUCUAACACCCUCUUAAUGGGAAUGAUCGUACUGACAUUACUGUUAAUCAAACAUCUUUCCAGCCAGCCAUUUCACCAUGAGUUGUGAAUGUUCCAUCGAGACCGAUACCAAUGAAAUAGUAAUUCCAAGGGUCACAAUGACAACUGAAAGCAUCCAUACCUGAAUGUGUGGAUCGGGUAUGGACAGAUAGUUAAAUCCGUCGUCUUUCACAUGGUACUCAUUUCGUCCCCAUUUUAUUUUAAUUUUUUUACAGUUUGGUUUUUGUGUCAGAAAGCACUCUACACAUUUAGACAAACCUAUGGUACCCUAUAAUGGACUCUCCUAAGGCAGAUACGCCAUUGGUUUUGCCUUUUUUUGUAUGUUUGUUUAUGUGUAUGUUUGUAUCACCAUAAACCAUGUAUUGAAUAUACUGUGUUGGGGAAAAACAUGACAAGGUUUUUGUGUCAUUCACAUAGUAGAGAGGCAUAUUCUGCAAACUCUACCACUGGUUCAUUGGACUGAAAUGUCACAAUCAAUGUAUGAAUGUCUGUAUAUAAUGAAUAAAGUGUGUUCUUAGUUCUUGUUAGUGUGUCUGUGCUCCUUACUGGCUUGCUUUAGGUUUAAAGCCUGUCUCCACAUUUUUUUAAUACCAGUAGGGAAAAAGUCCAAGUGAGCAAUAUUGGAAACGUUAAUGUUUAACUUUGUGUUCAAUACUACCCUUUUUGAGGUGCAGUGUCUCUUUUCCCCAGUAUGUGACGCUGUUGUAUCAACUUCUUUAAAAUAUUAUUUUUUUCAAUGACUGCUGCUCACUGCACUUUUAAUAGACCAGUUUAACCUGUAGAGAAAAGUUCGGAAUUAUUUUUAGGGGUAAUCAAAAAUGUUCAGUAUGAUGGUUUUCACUCGUUUUAAGUGACAAUAGACUGGAUAGGCUUAAUUAAGGACAAAAACCUUUGACAAGAUACCAAAAAAUAAACCCAGAUACCACCAAAUAAACUCGGACAAACUGUGCGCUUUUGCCUAUGUCCCACGUUGGUGGAGUGAGGGAGUGGUGGUGGGUGUGUCUGUGCUCUAUAAAUGCCAUAUGCGCGUUCUCCAGGUGUCACAACGGGAUUGAACCAUUUCCAUCUUCCCAAAUCUACAGGUGAGCUGAAAAAAAUAACCCCUGUUAUGUUAUGUUAAAUAUUAUGCUGUUGUGUUGUGAUAGGCUACAGUAGCAAUUAUUUGAAUGGGAGGUAAUUGUACUGUACUAACAUACACAACUAUGCCAUUUUUGCAGAUAUUUUAGCGGGACAUGACACUCCUUAUCAACUUAACCGUAUUGCUGGUUAUUGCCUGCAUAUCUCAGCAGCUUAUGGUGGCUAACUGUCAAGGAUCCAAAAAAAGGGGGAUGAAGAAGAAAGAAAAAGAGGAACCAAAGGACGGAGAGCAACCAAAGCCCCACGUCCAAUCUCCAGAGAAGAAAGACAGCAGCCCCAAAGGAAAUGUGUUCAAGGGCAGAUUCUCCGCCAAAGGCAAAAUGCAAUGCACUUGGGUUGCGACAGGUGACAAUGACUUUGUGCUUAGCGUGAACUGCAAAAAAGGGCAAACAAGUUUUGACUGCGAAUAUGUGGCCAAACCAGCCACUUGCCCUGGGUACGGGUCCAACACCAAAGCCUAUUGGAAACAGAUUGCGCGCGCUCUAAAUAAAAAUAAGAAAUUAUGCUUCGACUCCACGGCUUUAAUAAAAGCAGGUAUGUGCAGAAAAGCUCCCAAGGACGCACAUUUCAAACUUAAAAAUACACCAAGGGAUAUUGUUGUUACACUUCCAAGGACUACGAUUCAGCCGCGUUCUUCUCCCUCUGCCUCUUCAUUGGGUGCCAAAUCUUGCGCAGUUGAUCAAAAGAGACUGGCAGAAGAAUAUUGCGCGUCUUCCUGGUCGAGUUUGUGUACUUUCUUUUUUACCAUGGUCCAGAAUGAGGAUUGUUGA